AUGCCAGUGCUGGACCGGACGGCCGCCAGCCUGGAACCGUGUGGUCUCCAGCGGCUUCUCCCCCAGACGGCAAAGGCAGCAGCAGCAGCAAGUACAGCAACAGAGCGGCGAUCUCGGACGCUGCAUCCGACCUUUUGGCAAUAUGGAGUGGCGGACCUGGAACUGUCUCAGACCUGUCAGAGUCUCGUGGCGGCCAGCAGCAGCCCGGUCCCCCAGACGGAGCCUUUGAAUGCCUCGUCCUUCCUGCUGGACUUUCUAUACCCCAACGGCGCUCUGCGGUUCCUAAAAAGCUCGUAUCUGCGUGUUCUGGGAGACCGGCGACCGGCAGCGGUCAUUCGGCGACCGUCACGACCCUACAGCUCCCUGCCCUUCUCGACGCCCGAGCCGGACGCGACCUCGCAGACCAUUGACUCCAUCACGACCAAUCUAGCCGGCCCCAGCUUCCCGGUCGAAGCAAGAAAGGCAGCGGCUACCACGACGAGCCGAGGGCGAGCAGACGACGACGAGGCCUCUCUGGUGCAGGAGCUCGAGGACGUGCUGCAGACCAGCGUGACGCUCUACUCGACCGAGGCUUUUGACCGGGCCUGGGAUGUCUACAGCCGGCUGCCGUUUGGCGCCCACAAGGCCGAGCUGGCCCAUCGGGUGCUGCUCUUCCUGACACCGUCAAGGCGGCCGACAGAAGCGCAGCGGAUUGUCAUGGCGUUCUCAGCCAUCGACACGGCCGAACGGGAUGCCGCGGCUGUUUCGCACACGAUCCGGGCUCUCCUCCGGCUCAAUGAUCGCGAGGGAGCGCUGGCCCUCUUCCGGCAGGGCCUGGCGGCGGGAGAGACGAUUACAGCUACAACGGCAACGACAAAGACAACGACACGAUCCAAGCAGCCAUGUCCGCCCGGCUUGGGUCCGCUGGUUGCCGACUGUCUGCAGCGGGCGGCGUGGGACAUGCUGGCGGACGUGUGGGCGAUAUACAAGGAAAAGGUGGGCCGGAGCGAGGUGGAGGCGGUUGAGCUGAAAGAGGUGCUGGAGGUGGCCAACCUACAAAACCGGCUCGAGCAGCUGUCGGCGGUGGUGCGGCAGAACAUGGAGGCAGCAGCAACUGCGACGACAGAAGGAGAGGUGCCUCGAUCGGUGACGGGCAUCUUUGCGGCGGUGGUGCUGGCGUCGCUGCACCGGCUCACGUGCGCAGACUCGAUCCCGUUUGUGCGACAACUGAAGAACGUGUGGAUCUACGAGGCGUUCAUCCACGUGGCGCUCAACAACGGACAGAAGGCAGAAGCAUCGGAAGCGUAUGGCGAGUACCGACAGCUGCGACUGUUCCGGCCGCGACGGGCGACGCUGGCACGACUGGUGCAAGAGGCGUACUACCCGGACGACGUGCGGGGGAUGGAGAGCGUGCUGAAAGACUGGUACCGGGUGCACGGGCGGCCGAGCUACUGGGGCCUGCAAAAGUUUAUGGCCUUUUACGCGGGCCGCGGCGACGUGACGUCGGUGAACCGGCUGUGGAACGACUUCUCGGCAGCCCACCCGGGGGCGCUGGAGCGCGGCGAAGACACAUUUGCACACCUGCUCAAGGUACAUGCCGUCCGGGGCGACAUUGAGCAGCUGGAGCAGGUCUUUGGCGAGAUCACGACGGUGCACCACCAGACAGCCAACACGACGUGCUGGAAUAUCCGACUGCACGCACACGUGGAGCGUGGCCGGUUCGGCGAGGCGAUGCGCGUGUUCGAGCAGCUCUGCGCGGCCGUCGAGCCAGACGGCUACAGCUUCGGCACCAUCAUGUCGCUAGCCGGCGGUCGUGGCGACCUGGAACUGGUUCUGGAGCUGCACGCAGCCGCGGAGGCGCGCGGCCUGGCCGUGACCGAAGCCAUGCUGGACCCGAUCGUCGAGGCGUACUGCCAGAACGAGCGGCUGGACGAGGCUGAGCGGCUGUGCGUGUCGACGGCGAGAAGUUCUGGCGAGAAGACGGAUUCUGCCCAAAAAGGGACUUUGAAAAAACGCCCCCCACAAAGCUACACCGCCCUCUGGAACACGCUCCUGCGCCACCACGCCUUCCGCCACGACCUCGUGUCGGUCAACCGAGUGCUCAAGCGGAUGAGCCGGCUCGCGGUUGCCUACGACGGCGGCACCUACAGCGCGCUGCUCUUUGCCCUAGCCCAGUGCCGACAGCCGCGGCGAGCGGUCGAGCUGCUGCGCGCGGCCCAAGACGAGGGGCUCUUCCGGCCGACAGCCCAGCACUACACCCUGUUGAUGAUGGCAUACGUGCGCAGCCGGCAGCCACACCGGGCGCUGCAGGUCAACCGGCUGAUGCACCACCUCGGCUUCCGGCGAACCAGCCGCCAGACUCAGCUGGUCAUCAAGGCCUUUAGCCAGUGGCAGGAGUUUCCGCCCGGCGUCGAUGCCAACGGGCUGCCGGCAGCCGACGGCAGCACCACCAGUCUCGACCGCCGCGAGCUGCUGGCCAAAGCGUUGCGCGAGUUUCAGCGGUCGCUGGCACCGCUGCCGUCCGACGGUGAUCGCGGUCCGGCCACUGUCGACGCCGUCCGCCUGCCGCUCGGCGCCACCCGCCGCUUCUCCUUUGUCAUCUUCAUGCUCGUGCAGGCCCGCGACUUUGUCGGCGUCGAAGAGGUCGUCCAGCUGUACCGCUCGCUCUCACCGCCCGACGACCGCCAGCAGCCGCUGCCGCUCAAGCUCUGCAACGCCCUGAUGCUGUCCGACUUUUACGAGGGCCGCUUCGACCGCGUCAAGGAGACCUGGCGCUACGUCCUCGACCGCACCGUCGAGAUCGGCCGGCCACACGACUGGUCCACCACAAACGCCCGAUCCCAUUCCCCCAUCGUCGCCCGCCUUCGCUACGGCCUCACCGACCCGCUCAAGACCAUGCAGCGCCUCUAUACCGCCGAAGGCGACGCCGACGGUCUCGUCCGCACCAUCCAGGAGGUCCUCGCCGCUGGCUUCGCCCUCGACAGCAAAAACUGGAACCACUACGUCCAGAACCUCGCUCGCCUCGGCCGCACCCACGACGCCUUUGCCGUCUGCGAACAGCACCUGAUGGGACAGUGGAGCGGUUUCGCCGUCCUGCGCGCCCGCCGACGCGGCGGCGGCCUCGAUGGCGACGGCGUCGGUGGUGUCAAUGAUGUCGAUCGGGAUGGCCUCCAUAAUGCCCAAUUCGACGGCGACCUCUUCCGCUCCGAUGACGUCACUACCAGCCAGCUGCUCGCUGCGGCAAGAGCGGCCGAAGCCACCACGGCCGCUCCUGCCCGCCCACCCAACAACAACAGCAAUACCAACAGUGGAUCCGCCCGAUUGUCACGUGCUCAACAGCUGCUCGAAGGCGCCCCCCGUUACAACCGUCCCAUGGCCCUCACCUUCAUGGUCCUCGCCAAGGCUUACAUGGACCUCGAACGCUCUGCUCCCUGGUCCUCUGCUGCCGAGCGCCACUUCCACGACCUCGCCAUCCGCUACCCCAAGGCCGUCCACGCCGUCCGCACAAUGGUCCGCAUGAACUCCCGCCUCGAGGGCCGCGCUUUUGGCGAUGGCGACCCAUCCGAAACUCCCAAUGGCCAUGAACACGGCCUCUACUUUGACCACGACGACGACGACCCCCUUGAUCUCUCCGCCGUCCACGGCGCUUAG